CGCAACCCUCCUCGGCUUCAUGUUCUCCGUCUCCCACUUCGUCACUCCAAGUACGGCACCUCUUACUCUUCCGUUCAACUCCUCAGAUCAAAUUCUAGUCAGCAUGUGAAGCAGUUGCAGGCCUUUUGCGAUCCCUAACUUCAGUCAAUCUAUACAGGAAUUCGGUCAGAGAGCGGAGCAAUAGAAGAGGUAACUAGACCGCUGCGGCAGUCUUCCUCGGCUACUGAGGUAUAGGAAUAGUACCUUGAAGGCGAGGAUGUAGAAGUGAAGAAGCUGCAAGAGGCAUGUUGUCAAAUUUAGCUUUGAGCCACAGCAUUUUGGUUGAAGCAGGGUCAUAUAAAACUGGCGAGACUUCCCGCUGCCUUUCUUCAUCUAUCCAUCUUCAUUGACAUUUGCGUUCUUCUUAUGCUCCUAAGGAAAGGAAGACGAACUGAGUAUUGGGCGGACAGCAGUAACUUGCUUCUUCCCGGGCGGUUCUUGUUGAACUGAACUGCCUACUCUCUUGAGCAUCACCGGCGCAGGGAGAAGAAAGCAGAGGCCUUUGUAUUACAGAAAAAGUCUCAGGUGUAGUGAAGUGCGAGAAGGGGGAUGUCUCUUCGAAUAAAAGCUGUGGUGGAUAAGUUUGUGGAGGAGUUGAAGGAAGCAUUAGAUGCUGAUAUACAAGACAGGAUCAUGAAGGAGAGAGAGAUGCAAAGUUACAUUAAGGAACGUGAGCGUGAAGUUGCUGAGCGUGAAGCUGCAUGGAAGGCUGAGCUUUCUCGUCGGGAGGCAGAGAUUUCUCGCCAAGAAGCUAGGCUGAAGAUGGAGAGAGAAAAUCUUGAGAAAGAAAAAAGUGUUUUAAUGGGAACUGCAUCAAAUCAGGAUAAUCAAGAUGGGGCUCUUGAAAUUACAGUCAGUGGUGAAAAGUACCGUUGCCUCAGAUUUGCCAAGGCCAAAAAAUGAGGCUCUACUGGCUUGGCACAAAGCGAAUGAACACGAGUCAGACAUUAGAUUCUCCAACAGAUAGUAAGAGGCCUCAAAUACGAACUAUGGAGAAAAAUUUUCGGGAAGAUUCAGUCAUCUGGAAGCUAAAGCCAAAAAUCACUUGUCAUGUUUUCGUUGGAAAUCUUGCAAGUUCUAUCCAGUAUUCUUUUUCUUCGAUCAGCUGAGGACAAGACUGUCCAUAUAACUAUUGUCAUGAUGGUCCCUCCAAAAGCCUGUACUCAGUUUAAUUCUGGAAUUGUGGUUUAUUAUUGGUCGCAGGUUCUGCUACUGACACGAUUGUUUUUUUCCCUUGUAAUUUAUUUUCUUUUGGUACAAGAAAUUUUGAUUUGUGGCAGAUUGUAACAUAUUUGGCCGAAAGGAUACCAAAUGUUGGGUGCCGUAUCCAUUAACGUAAUGAACUAUGAAAAAUUCACAACAGUUUAUAAAUAUUGGCGGGGUUGGGGACCA